CAAAGGUUUCACCCAAGGAUUCGCCGCGCGGGUCUCCUCGAAAUUCCCCGCUGCUCUUCAGGAAGCUGCUGAUGAACCGCAGCAUCAACCUCCAGAGGCGCCGCUUCACCCUGGCCCACACCCCCAGGUAGAGUUUAUGACUGCAGCCAAGAUGAUAUAGAUGACAGCUGUUGCACUUUGCAUUAUUCUCACUCAAAAUAAUGUAAAAAAAAAGGUUAUUUUUCUGCAGAUUUUGAAGAUGUGUUAAUGUUAUGCAAGUUCUGCUCCAAAUCCACCAACUAGGAUUCUUAUCAUUCAAAAGCCAUCUAUUCUUAUCGAAUGUUCACAUUUAGCACAUCAUUUAGACAUGGAUGAUGCAUAUGGAGGGGGGUGGGGGGCUAUGUAAGGGUUGUUUGGUGCUCUUUGCUGUUCCUUUUGGUAUUUGGUAAAGAACAGCAGCCUUAUGGCCAUUUUUACUCCACUUGGUUGGAGAUGUUGAUGCGUUCAAGUGUAUUUUUGUCCAAGUGUUUCACACCACAAAAAUGGUUGCCCUGAAGCUUAUCUUAUUAAAGUAAGACUGACCACAAGAUGUUCUUAUAUUCAUGCCUUUCAGUCAUGCCUGCUCUCCUCUGCCAGGAUAAAACUAGCCUUUUUUUGGUAAGAUCUAAUCCAAAUUUUGUUCUCAUAAUGUGCUAAAGUUUCAUUUCCAUAAAUAGACCUGCCCUUAUUUACUGACUGCACAUAGGUGUGUGGUUCCUGCUUGUGUUUAGCUUUUUCUUCUUUCUAUGAAAUCUGCUAAUUAUAGAAUUCAUUCACAGCAAAGCUGCUGAUGAGCAUUGAGUUUAUAAUAAGAAACGCUUUUCCAAACCCGCUGUCAGCUUUAGUGCUGAAUUACCAGGAGUGUUUUUCCUAAGCUUUGUUCACCUUUUGCUUUCCAUCAUGUCAGUAAACACAGCUCAGCGACAUCCUUGUUGUCACAGGAUCAGCAGUUUGUUGUUCCACUUGUUAAGGACACGCUUCAAUCUUUCAGCAACGUCUUCUUGUUUAACAGCCGCACUUUUUAAUCGCUGCACUCGCUGCGAAAGCACACCUCAAACAACUGGAUAUUUCCUGCCGAGUUUCAAACACCUUAAAUUUAUUCUUCCGUUGCAGCGGUCAUAAAUCUCUUUGGAAACAACGCAGCAGUCUCUCUAUCAGGCAGCGCUGCUCUGGUACCUGUUGAUAGCUUUAGUUUUAUGAUCCGUUAUUGAAUCACGUCAGGCUCAUGAUUUUAUUCUUUUCAGUGCAAUUUAAACAUUUACCUAGUCCCCCAAUUAGAUUGCAUUUGACCAUAACUUCUCGAGAUAGGGAGAAUAAACAGGACUCAGACGGGACUGUGUAUUUCUCUUCCCUCACACCUGUUGGUGUCCUCAAAAGAAGAGCCUGUUGUGGAAAAUUGUAAAGCACUUUAAAAAGCAAAUGUCUCCAGUGUGUACUCUGAGCAUAUAAACACUCAGAUGUAGGCACCAUGCAAAUCGGCGCUGUUGCACGGUGUCUCCUGCUUGUUGCACUGAUGUCAGGCACAUCCACCUCAGUGAAAUCAGAUUAAAAGCUCGAGAGAAACUCUAGCUGGUGCUGUAAAUUCCUGCCUUACUUUUAUUGGCAGGAGCAUUCCUACGAGAGCUGGGUGCCCCGUAGGAAAUCUAAACAUGCAGCAUUUAAACGGUGGUGUAUUUGACAUUGGUGGAUAUGUUUCUAUUUCAGAGUUUAUUGUAAACUGUUUAAUUGAGCUCGGGGUGUCUGUUAAAAAUCUAAAUAUUAGAGCAAAAGAAGUCAAGUGGACUUCAAGGCUCAGUCUUGAUUGUCAGAUAUCUGGAGGGCAGCGCAGAUACUCAACAUGUCAGGCUUUGUUUUACACAGCUCUGAGGCCAGGCCAUUGAGGAAGUUUCCGCCUGCAGUGUCACAGCUCAAAUAAAUGGAUGGACAUGAGUUAUUGCAGGAUGACUGGCAAGCAGGAAGAAUUAAACAAACUGGGGGUCCGGCGGAAAAUUAAUGUCGCAGGCCGCUCAAAUAUAGAACGUGCGCGCAAAUUUAUUUUCACUUUGUGUCUAAGUUGAUGAAGUCUCUUUUUCCCCUCCAGAGACACCGAGUCAAAAGGAUUUUUUUUCCAUGAAAAACUUUUAAACAUUCAAUAAACUUUUUUUUCAAGCCAGCUCUGUGAUGACAGGUUUUUUUUUUUCCAUUCAGUGUUUCAGUCACGUUAUCUUAAUGGAAAUAAAAACUGUCCAGAAAACACGCAACUUGUUGCUUUAUUUAUUGGAUGUAUUCAUUUCUCGAGCAGGAGUUUUUAAAAUAAAUAAAGCAGCGUUAUCACUUGCAACUAAAGUGGUUUCAGUUUGCAGAUCGUCGACUGUAUUUCUUUUUAGAGAAGUGGCUGUGUAGACAGGUGACAAAUUAAAGGGGAAAAAACCAACAAACUAAAUCCUAGCAAGGUGUUGUGCCACCAUGAUCUGCAAGAGCACUGUUCAAGUCUCUGGAACUGAUCCCUCCUUCGGUGCUUUGUUUUGAUGAUAAUACUGGAAAGCUUUGAACUUUCCCACAGGUGCUAAACUGCACAGAUCCGGUGUGAAGGGAAAAGGAUGUGAUUGUUUUCAUGCUCAAUAAACCGUUCAGGGAUCCCUCAAGCCCUGCAGAUGAGAGCACUUUCAUCAUGGAAGAGAUUACUCCUCUCAGAAUACACAUUUUCAUUUGUCCCCCAUUUAUAGGUGAUGAUCCUGACUUAUUUCUUUCAAUUUGAGCCACUGAAGUAAUAAUCCUGGGUCACUACUUCCAUUAAAACAUGGGUACAUUGUUUAUUUAAACCUUGAGCUUCUGCAUAUCGGUCAUCUGCUCAACCCAGUGAGCUGCGCUCGCAGCCUCGACAGAGGUGUAUGUUAAAAUAGCAGAAGAAAAACGUGUGGCGACGCUGAGGAUCCUCAAUAUGCAUUUCCCCUUCUCUUCCACUAGAGGACAUUAAGUUGUGAGAUGCGGGCAGAGAGCCUCUCCGGAGGAUGCAUUUGUGUUUCUCUGAUGGAUCUGAGUCGGGGAAAGAGACAUUUCCUUUGCUGGAGUUCGACUCUGUGGGGACUCAAAUAUUUUUAGGGGGGAAAUGAGAUGAAAAAUGUUUUUCUAGCCUGAUGCUGUUGAGAAAUGUUGUUACUGGAUCAGAGAAAUUUUCUUUUCUUUCUUUCCUUUCAGUCUUGGACUGAUAAGUAUUAAGAGUAAUGGAUGGAUUACAAACAGUCUUAAGUUUAUCGAUGUUCCAGCAGAAGGUUUAGCAGCCUGUAGUUGUUUAAGUUUUGCAUUUUGAUUGUUUCUUUGUUUCUGAGAAUUCUUCACUUCCAAGUCGCUUCUUAAUUAAUUAGUUAUUGGAGUAAUGACCCCAAAACUGUUUUCCUUCUCAUUAGGAAAUAUUUCCUCUUUUACUAGAAAACUUCUCUGAAAUAUUUCCACAAUUACAUGUUUCACUGUACCUCCCCCAAAAUAAAUAAAUAAAAUGAAAUAAAUAAAAAAAGAUGGACUUAUAUUUAUGAUUUUAAAAUUAUAAAAGCUCAAUAUUGGAAAAGGAAACCCAUUUUUUAGUUGUUGUUUUUUUUUCACAAAAAGAAAAAUGAUGCACUCUUAAAAUUCUUCUUUUUCACUUUAAAACAUAAAAAAAUACAUUUUUAACACAAAGUAAUAUUAGUCUCCUUUCUCAGGCAGUGACCAUCAUUGUCCACACCCUCUCUCUUUGUGCAAGUUGCUCUCACUCACUCUCUCCCUCUUUACCACACAGCACCCUACCCACCUCUCUCUCUCUCUCCCUUCCUCUCUCCCUCUCUCUCCCUCUCUCAGUGGAGACAGUGUUGUUGUUUGUUGUUUUAAGCCCCGGUUUGGUCCCACCACUCUCAGGAGAGAAGAGAAGAGAGAGCAGAAGUCUGUUAUGGCCCGCUGACUGGGACUACAUGGGACAGCCCACUCCAGGGAGCAUCUGAUGGGAUUAUAACACUCUUUCCAGCUUUUUUCUUUCUUCCUCCUGCUCAGAAUAACUCUACUCAUUCUGUUGGUAGUCCACUUUCACAGAGGCAAAACUGUGUUGAGGUUGUCGGACCUGACUUUUAAAGAUAAAGAAUACCUGGAGGUUGUUGGUGAGGAAUUCGGCUUUGACAGUUAGAAGCUCACUUGGACGAAUUCAAGCUUGGUGUUUCCUAUUUAGGAGUAUGAAAGAGAGAGAGAGAAAAAUACAAGAGAAGCGUUUAUCUUGGCACAUCUGUGGUGAGCCGAAAGGAGAACCAGUGAGGAAUUAGUCCCAGAUGAGCACUGACAGCUGACACCAUCCUCAGUUUCAUUAGAUUUGUUUCGGCCCCAUACUUUCACAUACAGUGAGGCGAUAUGCUAACUCGCUGUGCAAUAGGUCUUUAACAGCCAAGACUCUUUGCCUUUUUAGGCUGUUCACGUGCACACACUCUGAGUUGAACCUUUCUGAUUUUCCUUCCAAACAAAUGGACAUAUCCGUACAGCUGGGACCCAAACCAGAACAGCCAGUCAGUUUUUUCUUUCUUAUGCACUUUGGUUCAUGGAUUUUGCACUGAGGUGGAAGUGAAUCAUUUCUAACAAUUAGGUUUUAUGUGAUAAACGCAGACUCAACAGGCCUGGCUUAUUGUUGCUCUCACUCCCAUUCUUGCUCCUGUCAGGUGCAGCUGAUGAGUUUUGCUGUUUUGCAUGUUGCAGUUGUUUUGCAUUCGUCCUUCUUGGAUCUGUUUUUCCUGCUCCGUCCCGUCAAGGGAACCUGCCUCCCGAUGCCAUAACUUGUGACGGCAGUCGACAUAAAGGAAUUUGUGCAGACUCUCUUUCUGAUUCCGGACAGUAUGGGGGCUUUGCUCGAACGGCAGAAGUUAUUUUUCUUUAUUGACGCAGAAGCUGGUGCUUUGACGAUUCUCUAAACUCAGGCAAACUUUUUUUUGAACCCGCCAAUAAAAUGAUGAAUAAGGAUUCUCGCUUUUCAAGGAAGAUGCACAGCAACUUCUCCACCCGCAGGCACUCAUGCAUUGGUUUUGAUGUGGAGAAUGGAUUGUCUGUGGGACGCAGCCCACUGGACCCUCAGGCCAGCCCUAACUCCGGUCUGGCCCGACCGACCAAUUUCCCUCACAGCCAGCGGAGGGAAUCUUUCCUCUACCGCUCUGACUCCGACUUUGACCUUUCACCCAAAGGUCCCUCCAGAAACUCCUCCACUGCCAGUGACCUGGAAGAAAGCUUGAAGCAUUGGGAAGUCAACUGGUUGUCAUCUCGACAUACAGAAGACAUGAUAGUCACACCGUUUGCACAGGUCCUCGCCAGCCUGAGGACGGUCCGAAGUAACUUUGCCGUCAUAACCGGCCAGCAAGAUCGCACGGCCAGCAAAACACGAUCUUCAGGCAGCAACCCACCAUCCAUGUGCAAGACCAGCCUCGCAGAGGAGCCUCACCAGCAGCUGGCCAUAGAGACUCUAGAUGAGCUGGACUGGUGUCUGGAGCAACUAGAGACGCUGAAAACCCGACACUCUGUCAGUGAGAUGGCUUCCAACAAGUUCAAGAGGAUGCUGAACCGAGAGCUCAGCCAGCUGUCAGAAACCAGCCGCUCAGGGAACCAGGUGUCUGAAUUCAUCUCCAGCACCUUUCUGGAGAAACAACAUGACAUGGACAUCAUGUCUCCCCCGACCAAGGAGAAAGACAAGAAAAAGCGUCCUAUGUCCCAGAUCAGCGGUGUGAAGAAGGCCACCCACAGUCCCAGCCUCGCUCCUUCAACCAUUCCUCGAUUUGGGGUCAAUGCUAGCCAGGAAGGACUCCUAGCUAAGGAACUUGAGGAUAUAAAUCGAUGGGGUAUUGACAUCUUUAAGGUCUCUGAGUAUUCUGGGAAUCGCCCACUGACAGUCACCAUGUACACCAUUUUCCAGGAACGUGAGCUGCUGAAGUCCUUUAAGAUUCCAGUGGAUACUUUCAUUACCUUCACGAUGACUUUGGAGGACCACUAUCAUGCUGAUGUGGCCUACCACAACAACAUCCAUGCUGCAGACGUGGUCCAAUCAACACACGUGCUGCUGUCCACACCUGCACUGGAGGCUGUGUUUACUGAUCUGGAGAUCCUCGCUGCGCUGUUCGCCAGCGCCAUCCACGACGUGGAUCACCCCGGAGUUUCCAAUCAGUUUCUCAUCAACACCAACUCAGAGCUGGCCCUGAUGUACAAUGACUUGUCAGUGCUAGAGAAUCACCACCUGGCUGUAGGCUUUAAGCUUCUGCAGGAAGACAACUGUGAUAUUUUUCAGAAUCUCAACAAAAAGCAGCGUCAGUCGCUUCGCAAAAUGGUCAUCGACAUGGUGCUCGCCACAGAUAUGUCCAAACACAUGAACCUGUUAGCAGACCUGAAGACCAUGGUGGAGACUAAGAAAGUCACCAGCCUGGGAGUCCUGCUUUUAGACAACUAUUCAGAUCGCAUACAGGUUCUUCAGAACAUGGUACACUGUGCAGACCUGAGUAACCCGACCAAACCUCUCGAGCUGUACCGCCAGUGGACAGACCGCAUCAUGGUGGAGUUCUUCACACAGGGAGACAGAGAGAGAGAGAAAGGCAUGGAGAUCAGCCCCAUGUGUGACAAGCACAAUGCUUCAGUAGAAAAGAACCAGGUGGGUUUCAUCGACUACAUCGUUCAUCCUCUGUGGGAAACAUGGGCCGACCUGGUGCACCCUGAUGCGCAGGACAUCCUGGACACGCUGGAGGAUAACAGAGAGUGGUAUCAGAGCAUGAUCCCCCACAGCCCAUCACCUCACCCAGAGGGCCAGGAGGAGGAGGAGGAGGAGGAGGAAGAUGCCUUUGCAGGGGAAGCUUCGGCACACGGUCGGGGUAGCGGGUCUGCUUCUGCUGACAAGUUUCAGUUUAAGCUGACCUUAGAAGAAGAGGGGGAGUCUGACACAGAGAGUCCACCUGAGGAAGAGGAGGGCCACAGCAGCAGCAGGAGGCAUGAAAUCUACAGAUCCGAUUCGGCCUCUCCUGCAUCUCGAAGGCUUCCCAAAAUGCUUACAAGUGACUCGGGCAGGACGUUUUCUUUAGACUCGGAGAAAGAUAUGGCAGAAGAAAGAGAAACAGAUGAAGGCGUCUCUGGGGUUCCACGCUUUCGAAUUGGCACAUAGCACCAGUCAAUAGUUUCGACUCUUUCGACUUUCUUUCGUUUAAUUAUUCUUGAUUUCAGUGCCUCGCCCUCUGUCACACCCCACCUUCCACUUCGAGCAAACGCCACCACCUCUGUUUUUCUGCAGAUGGGGUUUAAGAGCUGGACUCAAGGUGGGGAGUACGGGAGUGCGGGAGGCUGUGGGGGAGGACUGAGAAAGUCUGCAGUUUCACAUAGCAGUCACUUGCACUGGAGAGAGACAGAUAGGCCCAGUCGCUGUUCCAGUAAGGACAGGAAAUCUGUGUCUCUCACUCAGACAAAUUGUGGCUGAAGUUCCACAGAGACGAUAAGAAGUUAGAAAAAUACACGCUUUUCUACCAGCUAGCCUAAAGUCCGCUACGACUAAAGACAGACGUGUCUUCCUCUAACGGAGUAUUUUUUUUGUGUGAAAGAAGCGAGGAAGUGAUGAAUGACUGCGAAAACACAACAAAGUCUUUUAAGACUUCUUGCCAAACUUGCAAAUGCUGGUUUGCCUGCCUUUUGGGGGUUUUUUUGGUUUUUAAUUUUUAGUAAGUUUUUUUUUAAAUUCAGUUGUCUGUUAUUUAGAUUCACACACAGUAAAUUGAAGCUACAGCUAACAGCAAACUUGAAAGAAGUGUAAGCAAAUUCAUAGCACAAAAAGAAGAGCUAUGAAGGAUUUUUUUUGCAAAACACCUUAAAUGUAGCAGAUAUUUGAAGUGACUCUAUCACUGUGUUUGUAUACAUGCAGUAGCACUCCUUUCAGCUGGUGUUGCACAGCCGAUUUAAUUGUACUCAGCAGUAAAGUUGCUUUAAUGAUUAUAACGACUGAGCUGGCACCGCAUAUUGUUUUUCUUGUUUUCAGAUGUAUUAUUUCCAUUUUUAAUAAUCUUAAUGAGAUAUAGUCAGCAACAAAACUGAGCCAGGGUCAGUGUAGCGUUAGGCGCUCUAGGAGUUACAUCCAGAGCGAUGUGGGCUGUGCUUAUGGUGCCUCCCAGUGUCCACAUGUGGAACUAAAGUUCUGGUACUGUGGUAAAUGAUUUGCAAGUUCUUACAUUGAAAACAUAUUUAACUGUAGGACUACCCAAAAAAAUGUCGGUUAUUUUUCUGUUUUUGUUGCUUUAUUGUUUGGAUUAUUUUUAUUUGAUUUGAUGUUUGGCGCCCAUUUGAUCAGUUUGCCUUCAAGUUUUAGCACUUUGCAGUUUUGUUCAUAGGUAGCCUUUGUUUUUGUCUGUUUUUAAGGGCUCGAGCCAAAACAUGAACUCAUUGGAGGCUUUUGACUGAGAAACACUAACUAGCACAGACAUCAUGAAAAAAAAAAAAAACAUAAAAAGAAAAAAGAAAAAAAAACUCAGUGUCACAGUAGAGUUACGAGUACAUUAAGCUAUUAGAGUUCCAUUAUUCUUACUUCACAGCAUCUACCUACUGAAAUAGUGUUUUUGGUAACAUCCACUAGCAUAGAUUACUGCACUAAUGAGGGCAGUGUCUUGAUGAGGUUGUAAUGACAGAUGUUAGCAUCGCUGUAACUGUAAAAACCCAGGAGGUUACAAAGAGCCAGUUCCCUGUGCCUGAAUCUCCCCUCUUUUUUUCCCCCUCUCAUUGAUCAGUACUUUGCUCUCCACAGGGACACGCCGGUAGUCAAUGACAAAACAAGUGCCAAGCAAGCAUGACACAACCCGUACUGUAAUUUCCAUUUUGCCACUGGCUACUUUCCAUCAGUGACUGAUAAAGUUGGUUGAUUGUAGCACCCAGUGUGCCAAUCUGACCUCAGUGUCUCUGCUCUUUUCUCUCUCUCUCUCUCUCACUGAACUCCUGUUCGAACCGUAACAGUAACUGAUAUUGUCUUAAAACAGUGACGUGUUUGUUGUCCGGGUGAAUGAGUUUUCUUUCUCAUGUUUUUCUUUUUCUUUUCUUUUCUUUCUUUUUUUUUGAAGUAUUUGCUAAAAAGAAGGAAAAAAACUCAAAGCACUUUGUACGGUUCUCUCACACUUCUGCACUUUUCUGUUGACGGACGGCCUGGUAGUUUAAUUGAAUUGGAUGAGCUGGACCAUUGAUGCUCAGAAGGGCUGAAGUUCCUUGUCUUGUCUUGUUUUUUCUUUUCUUUGGUCCUUUUUAUAAUGAACUAAUUGACUGUGCAAAAGAAGUGUUUUGUUGAGAUGUGUGACAUUAGCUGCCGGAUUCAAACACUAUGAAAGUAAUGCAGAGAACUUACCAAACUCAUCCUGUCGAGAAACUUUUUUAUUACCAUGAAACAGUGUAACUUAUGUUUUAAAUGUGUGACUGAGCUUUCUUUCUUCCUUUUUUUUGUUUUUUUUUUUUGAAGCCUUAUUUUUAACUUGGGAUUUUUUUCUGGUCACUGACAUGCUGGAGUAAAACAUGUGCAAUCCUUUCUGUAGCCGACGACUCAACUCUCAAAGAUGCCUUCAACACCAAAGGACUAUUUAACAACAUUAUAACCAGCACAACAUGCAAAGAGUCAGUGUGUGUCUCUCUGUGUGUCACUAAUUCAUAGUGUUCUUUUUCCUCACAGUACUUUGUGUACAGUUUAUUUAUUGCUUCUGUAUUACCUGUCAGCAACGAUGUGACAGAGAAGUAGCUUUUUUUUUUUUUAGUCUAAGGUUUUAAUACUCACACGUGGCUUCAUGUGUGAGAAACUUUUCCUUUUCACUUCUAAUAUAAAAUUAUACAUGAGCGAAUACUCACUUUCACUUUUCUCUUGGUGUAAAAAUUGCUGAGUGACAGAUUUCCGUCUGGGUUUUCUGGAUCACGUCCUAUCGCCUGUCUUCCUCUGUCAUCACUGAUCUGAUCGCAUCACGUGUUCAUAAAGGAUCUCGGAGUACGUGCGCUCAUCUGAAAGCUCUUUGACUCUUAGUGAAGAUGUCACGUUGUCGAACAGUCUCAACAGCCAACCAAGACCAGUAUUUCUGUGCGUGGAGAUUUUUAUGAAUGUGUGUCAUAAACUGAAACUCUGCAGCUUUGACAAUCCAACUCUGCUGUUUAACUGUGGCUGCGUUAGCCCUCUGUCCAACUAGAACUGUAUGCCUUGCCAAUAAAGGAAAAGCUCUUCACUUUG